UUCGAUCUUCGAUAACGGUCGCGUGGUCCGGCAGUGCUGCAGUGCUGCAGUGCGGCCCGGCCCGCCUUCCACCGCGACCAGGAUGAGGCCGCUGCCGCUGCUCGGGGUGCUCGUCCUUCUCCAGGUCUACACAGGGAGUCGAGCCGGUGUCGUCUCGACCAGACACCACCAGCUAGGGGAGGAGGAUGGCGCGGCGGCCGUGUCCGUCCACAACGGCGCCAAGGCGGCGCUGGGCCAGUUCCCCUGGAUGCUGGCCGUGGUCGCCGACGGGGCGGCCUUCUGUGGCGGCGCCAUCAUCGCCGAGGACUGGGCGCUGACGAGCGGUCACUGCGUGGACGGGAUGCACUCGUUCUGGGUCACGGCGGGUUCGCUCCUCAGCCAGGACGGCGACGAACCGUCCCGCCAGCAGUUCUACACCACGACGUCCUUCAGGCACCCCACCUACAACGCCAGGUUCAAGGACAACGACAUCGGGCUCAUCCACCUCAACGCGGCUUUUACCUACGACCACUGCGACCCGGACGUCUCCCCCGACCUCAUGUUCGCCGAGCUGCAGGUGAGCCCGGGCCGCGUGUGCUACGACUUCUACGGCAGCGCGUGGCUGCUCAACAAGCUGUGCGUCGCCACGGGCGGGGACGGCAAGAGCAGCUGCAGGGGCGACGGCGGCAGCCCCCUGGCGCUGCGGGAGGCCGACGGCAACUGGACCGUCGUGGGGGUGGCGUCGUUCGGCGCGGCGGACGGCUGCACCCUCGGCCUGCCCGUCGUCUUCACGCGCGUCGCCUCCUUCCUGGCCUUCGUCGAGGAGGUCACCGCCAUCGAGGCGCGCAACUAGCGCGACUAGCGCGCGACUACCGCGCCCAGGCCCGCAGUGGGCCAGAAGAACGGUGGAGGCGGUCGAAACCCCGGACGCGUUUUGAGCUCCAGAGUCGCCAAAUGGGACUGGAACCGCACGUGUGACCCCACCAAUGGAUUGCUCGCUCUCCGUACGAGGAGUCCAUUGGUGGGGUCACACGUUCAGUUCCAGUCCUGUUUAGCGACUCUAGAGCGACCACGGUCACCAGAUGAAGGUGCCAACUCCGGCCAACUCUAAAAGUCUUAUGUUGAAGAUUCUCCCUAUUAUACUGGCAUGAUAGUGGUAUAGCCGACUGUGUACUUUACCUUGCGAAAUCGAAUUGAGUAAACAUUUAUUUGGCCUUCAUUUGUUCAUUAAAGAAAAACUUAUGGCUA